AUGGAUGUCGACUCGGACCCGGUGGCCGAGCUCUGCCUCCUGCAGCUCAUCCUGACGCGGGCGGAGGUGGCGGCCUGCGCCAACGAUGAAAGCGCCGCUCGACGCGGGUUCGGCGACUACGUCACGGUGGUGUCCCGGGAGGAGGCGGGCGCCGCGGCGGCGCGCUGUGCGGUGGCGGUGGCGACCUCCGCGACAGCCGUGCAGCGCAUGGUCGCCAGCUGCGCUGAAUCCGACCGGCUGCCCCACAUCAUUGCACUGCGGGUGGCGCCAGGCCCCAAGGGGGGUCUGGCGCAGCUCAGACCCUGGCAGAGGGCAGACCGCCGUGAUCCAGAGGCCCUCCUGCGGGACGCCGGCGUGGCAUCCUUUUCUGUCAUGAGCGUGGGGGCCAUGAGUGCCUCCAUCGGCCCGCAGGCAAGGAACGCAGUGGAGCUGCAGUGGCAACCUGUCACAGGGGAUGACGUCAUGGGUCCCCUCGCGAAUGUCACAGCGAUGCAGGCGGCUGCCCUCCUUGCCAAGCUGGCCAGCUCCCGCACCAGAGGCUCGGGGGUGGAGCUUGGUGUGGCUGUGAUCCCCUAG